AGACGGUGCUUGACGAGGUCGAGUGUGACGAGGUCGAGUGGGAUGUUUCUUUGGUUUUCAAGAGUUCUCGAUGAUGUCACCUGUUUUAUACACGGAUAAAGUACAGCUACUCAACACCCUUGAGAGUGUUCCACUUCUAGGAUACAGCACCCAGAGAGACCUGCCUAUGAUAGGGAACCGGAGGUAUGACGUGGGCAGGUUCCUGACCAAGUCGCUAAACAGGCUCGGCCUAAACUAUGUAGAUGCCUACCUUAUGGAGGGCCCUGUGGGUCUUCAAGGCAGGAAUGAUGAAGAUUUGCGUCCACGCAAUAAGGGCGGGAAGAGCCGUCUCGACCUAAGUUCAGAUAUCUUCAGUGUGUGGCGUGGCAUGGAGGACCAGUAUAUAACUGGGCGUGCUAGAUACGUGGGACUUUGUAACUUCAACAUAGAACAAGUGAACGCUAUAUACACCCGGUGUAACUUGAAACCACACAUUGUUCAAUUAGACAUCAACGUGUACCACAUGCGUGAGGCAGAGAGACAGUUCCUUGAAGAAAAGAAGAUCACUGUAAUGGCCAUAUAUACCUUGGGCCCCCCUAGCUACACCACCAUAAAAGGAUACCCAACGUUGCCUAGAAAUGCUAAAGUGAUUAAAAUCGCCCGUGACCAUGGUGUACACACAAAGGCCGUCCUGGUGCAGUUCCUCCUCCAGCAGAAGAUCAUUUCCUUUCUUAAGGGAGUGUCUUUGGAAAUACAGACUAAGAUCUAUGCAGGCCUCCAAAAUUUGCACUUGAAUAAGGAGGAGAUGGAAGUGUUGAGGAGACUGGAAAUGGGAGGAUACGCCAGGCAAAGAGAUUUCGUGGAGCAUAAAGGGUGGGAGAGAUGAUGUGGCCAUCCGCCAUGUUUUAUCUCUUCGUAUACGUGGCAGGUGCGUCGUCCUGGGCUCUCACUAACACCUACAUGGAUUAAGAGAUAGAUGAGUGUGAGUACAGAACUUUUGUAAUGAAAAGUAAUUGCUGGAUGGUAUUUCAAAUUUACUUAGUUAAGGUAAAGUUGGGUUACAAUAAUACAUUUUCUUAUUAAAGAAUUUCUGGUUCAAGACCAAAAUAAUAGACUGCCUCACACAAACUCUCCAGAGUACAUUACUUUAAGCAGAGCCCUGGUUUAUAUAAGUCUCACUAAGUCCUAAACCCCAUGUGUACGGGCCCCGCUCUGAGCUGGAUAAAAUCAUCUGGCAUUAGCCAAAUAAAAAAUUAAAAGUGGGAUCCCUUUAGUGAAGGGGUUAACACCCUUUGACUCACUGGAUAUCUUGAACAGUAGGUCAGUGUUAGUCUUAAAG